AUGGAUGAAGAAUUGAGAUCAUCUUCGUUCGCAGAGAACAAUGAUGAUGAGCUCGUAGUUAUUGACCAAAAGAAACACGAUAUAUCCGAGAGAAUUACAUUCGGAUCAUCAUUUCUUGAUGUUCAACUUUUAUCUCUCUUUGAUUACUUCGUAUUCCUGUUAAUAUUGGUAGUAAUGGCCUUAAUUAUAUUCAUACCAUUCAUUAACACCAAAUUUUCGGAGCAUUCUACAGCAGUUCAUACUAAUAAAGAAGUUGAAUCGUUAAGUAUAUUUUACUUCAUUAAUCUCGAAGCCAAGUUUGAUACAUAUUCAAUAUACAUGCAAGUUCAAAGAGCAAAUGUUAAUGAAACCGUUCAAGUCCCGAUGAAAAAUAAUUUUUCAAUCAGUUUCACUCAGUUGCAAACCAUGCCAAACGACAUAAGAUAUAAAACUACUAACGAAACACUCUAUUUCAAAUACGGAAGAGAGCUUUCAGAGCAGUUUUUCAUUCAAUCUGGCAAAAAUCAACAAAUUGACAAACUUCAAAUUACAAUGGAAUCAUCCAUAAGUCUUGGACAUAUCAAAUCUGUUAGUAUUGCUUUCCUCGGAGUAAUUGGAAUCACAAAAUUUAUGUCAAUUCUGCAGCUUGUUUUAAUUGCUUGCCCGAUUAUACUUAUCCUAGACGAUUUAAUAUCUACUGCCUGUGGAAAACCACAAAAACAAACACCAAUUCAAAUAAUUUUCCUUGUUUGUUUGAUUUUUGCGACAAAUCCACUUAGUCUCUUCUCAGUUUCGUUUGAUAAUGUAACAGCAAUCAUUAUUUUUAGCAGUAUUUUCUUGUUUGCGUUGAGAUAUUAUUCUAUUUACGUUGUUUCCGCUUUUUGUGGUAAUACCCCAUCAUUUGUUAGAAAGGCUAUUCUUUUAUUAUCAGCAGGAUGCUUAUUAUGCGAUUCUACCAUUAAUUAUCAAGAUCAUAUUAGAUAUAUCAGAUAUGACACUGAUUUUAACCCACAAAUGAUCAUAUCAAUGGUUCUAGAGCUUGUAUACUUCUGUCUUAUAUUUGGAUCCCUCGCAUACGGUGAAUACAAACCAAAUCAGAAACCUUUCCUCGUUUUGAUAUCAGCAAUGUUUUCUAUUCAAGCUCUUUUUGUUUUUCUAUCAAAAAUGGGAAGUGUUUUCUUCAACAACAUUCUUGGAUUCGUUCUUUGUUUUGUUUUGUAUCAUAUUAACAUGUUUGUUUCGUUAUUCCUCGGAAAUCUCACUAUUAUUCCUGCAGAUCCAUUAGUUGUUGCUGCAAGAACUGAUGAACAUCCUUCAAAUGUUGAAAAUACUCUCAUUAAUUUGUAA